AUGCCGUCCAUAGUCAACCUCAAGUUCAAGGGUAACAAGUCUUUUGUUGCUUUUAGCAACUUGAGCGACACCGAGUCACUCACAAAAACUUGGAAGGUAUGCACCAAAGUGGCAUCAUAUCUCGAGCAGGGCCAACGCCUCGAGAAUCUUUCUUGGCGACUUUGGCACUUGCAGAACUUAAUGGUCGACACCGACAAUGCAAAGUCCAAACGCGAAUUCAAGAAGUUGUCAAAGAACAUGGGUGACAAACUCGACAAGGAGAAGGGCCGCGCUAUUGAAUCUCUCGAGGCACCUGACUUCAAACGAAACGCUUCAACUGACCUCAUCCGUCAACGAGCUGUCGAACGCGAACGUUCCCGAGAGGCUUCCCAAAACGCCCGGCCCGGUACUAUUAAGCGAAUGCAGUUUACAUUCAGUAUCGACGCUCCUCCCGGUUCGUUCCCCGCGACCUCUCUUCAUCCUAUACCUUCUCUGGUGAAGGCUCCACCCCCACCAAGCCAGACCUCAGGCCUAGCGCCGAGUUCAGAGAGGGUCGCAGGCGCAGGAGAGAAUGGUGUUUCUUCCUCUGCUACGCACGACUCAUCUUACGAAAAAUUCGUGGCCUCGUACGAAAAACUUCAUUUCCCUCCUAUUUUUAGCACUUCGUUCGGCCCAACUGCUCUCCUCUACUCCACCCCUACCCUAUCUAACCCUAUGAGCUAUGGCGAAGGCGUCAGUGGCGGCUGCGCAACCGGCUUUAGCAUUUUCCGUCCGACUAUCGAACUCCCCCUAGACGAGCUUCUGGGCGAGGAGUACGAUGGUGAAGACGACCGAAUGGCCGACGCUCCCAUUUCUCAGCCAGACGAUACGAAAGAGGACGGGAAUGACGAAUCCCGAGGGCGAGCCCUCCUUGGCGGGUCUUCUGCAGCUGUAGCUUCUCCCGAGCAAGACGUCUUGAUGAGCGACUCUCGUCAGCAGCAACAACCACAGCCAGCCAUUCCUGAUCCGUUCCCAGUCCCGCAGGUUCCUUCUCACACUCACACUCACACACAAUCGCACCCGCGCACUCGCGGCAAGGACCGCUCCGGCAAGACGCCAACUAACCGUCCUGUACUGACUGUGCAAACCUCUGCCACUAAGAAGACUAAAGCUGGACGUCGUGCUUCUGGAAGCGUAAAGAGUCCCUCGUCUGCUGCCCCGUCGGCAUCUGCUCUCAAGCACUCUGCUGCUGCGACCGUGAAACAUAUUGCAACCGCGACGGUACCUGCUUCCGCUACCGCGACAAGUCUUAAUCCCCUUCUCACCCUUGGAGGCGCUGCACCGGGAGGAAAAGCAACACUUACUGCUCCCGGCGGCGUCAAGGCUGAGUGUAGUAACUGCGGCGCUACCCAUACCCCGCUAUGGAGAAGGGGCUUGAAUGACGAGUUGAAUUGUAACGCUUGUGGUCUUUAUUGCAAAUUGCAUAAACGUCCGCGUCCAAAGUCCAUGCGUGCUAGUCAUGGAGAAGGACGACGCGGUGGUGUGUCGUCUUUGGCAUCUGCGUUAUCUACGUUGGCCUCGAUUGCGGCGCCACCACCUUCCUCUGCUGCUGCGACACCGGUUGUGGAGGCGGUGAGUCCCGGUGUAAGUGCGGCAGCUGCAAGUGCCAUUGCGAAUGUGAGUUCGGGUGCGGGUCCGAGUGCAGGUGUCAAUGCGAAUGCCACUGCUGCAAGCUCAGUUAAAGUUGCUGGUGCUGGCGUGAGUUCGAGUUCGGGCGCCGGCCCAAGUGUCACUGCGACUGCUAGUGCUACUAUCACUGCGACUGCUACUGCGGGCAUGGGAUUAGGUGCAGGCAGGGGCGAAGUCGUGGAAAUCAUUGGCAGCGCGCAGUGCUAUAACUGCCACACAACUGCAACCCCUUUGUGGAGGAAGGACGACGAAGGCAAGACCGUUUGCAAUGCAUGCGGCCUUUACUAUAAGCUCCACGGCUCCGCUCGUCCCAUUAGUAUGAAAUCCGAUAUCAUUCGCAAGCGUUCUCGACACGACGCUCGUGCGCAGCGCUCCUCCCUCACCGACACCCCCAACGCUUCUAACACGCCAGGUACUCCCUCCGAGACGCCUUCUCAAACACAGACGCCAUCGGCGUCUCCAGGCGUCUCGCGUCGUCCUACGCCGUCGCCGUCCCCAAUCCUGGCACCAGACAGCACGACACAGCCUGUUGCCUCGCACAGCAUGAGUGCGGGGAUGGGCGCGGGCGCAGGCAUGGUGGGUACGGGUAUGGGGGGCAGCAGUGAGUUAAUGGGUGCGUUGGGUGACACCUACGCGGUGUAUAACCCCUUCCCUGGGCCGUACCACCCGGACUAUCUCAGUCAGAAUUGGGUGCCGCCCAGUAUGACUGGCGUCAGUGGUGGCACAAACGAGGCGUUACCGUUUUCUGGAGUCGACUGUGUUGACGGGGAAGCGGGUUCCAACGCGUCUUCGUCUAACGCUUCUCCAAAUACCAAUGGUGCCAGCAACGUCCCUAACAAUAAUGUCAAUACUACCACAAACGCCAACUUGAACUCUAGCACCACUGGGCGUACUGCCAAGCGCCGUCGUAUGAGCACUGACAGUGUGUCAGAGCCUCCUAGCAGCGCGGUUUCUUACUCAUCUUAUGGAGGGGACAGUUUCACGACGGGCUCUGGUGCGACGAGUGCAGGCACCACUUCGUCUUCGCGGCGUAGCAGCAUGGACUUCCCUUUCUUCAGUCCCUACACCGUGUUCCGAGGGAACGGUAACAACGCGUUCUGGCACCACUCUAGCAACGGCGGCGCUGAUCGCAGCCCACAAUUCGUGCAUCCUCCAAUGUUGCCUGAUGCUGUUGGAGUCUCUGACGGACAUGCACAUGGGCACGGGCACGGACGUGGUGGGCAUGGACAUGGGAUGGAUUUCCUGCACCCGCCAAUGAUGCUUCCGCAGGAGGAAGAGAGUCUCUUUGCGACCUAUUUGCAUCCACCGAUGAUUCUUCCGCAGGAAGGCGAGCAGGUGCAGCACGGGUACGAAUAUGGGCAAGGGGAGUACUACGAGACGGGCAACAUGCAGCAGUACUAG